AGGUGGAGGAGGUGCCGGGCGGCCGCUUCCCGCCCCCGAGCCGGUGCUGAGCGGAGUGGAGCCGGCUGAGCGGGUGCCGAGCCCCCGCCAUGGCCCGGAACACGCUGUCCUCGCGCUUCCGUCGGGUGGACAUCGAUGAGUUUGAUGAGAACAAAUUCGUGGAUGAGCAGGAGGAGGCGGCGGCGGCGGCGGCCGAGCCAGGCCCGGACCCUAGCGAGGUGGACGGGCUCCUGCGGCAAGGGGACAUGCUUCGGGCAUUUCAUGCAGCCUUGCGGAACUCGCCUGUCAACACCAAGAAUCAAGCUGUGAAGGAACGAGCCCAGGGUGUGGUGCUGAAAGUACUUACAAAUUUUAAGAGCAGUGAAAUUGAGCAGGCUGUGCAGUCACUGGACAGAAAUGGCAUUGACUUGCUAAUGAAGUACAUUUAUAAAGGGUUUGAGAAGCCCACAGAAAAUAGCAGCGCAGUGUUACUCCAGUGGCAUGAAAAGGCAUUAGCAGUAGGAGGACUAGGCUCCAUUAUAAGAGUUCUUACAGCAAGAAAGACUGUUUAAAAAAAAAAGACUCAUGUUACCUUGAGAAGAAGUUUGGAUGCACGGGCUGGUGAAGAAGGUAUUGACAACAGACCAUCUUCCUAGGAACUCCCCAACUAUUUCAGGACAUGCAUCCUCUGAAGUGUAUUUUAUAUUCAAGGUGGAGGGAGAAAUCGUCUUGCUGUUUCCUAAGUCCUUUGCAGGAUCCGAUAGUCUAUGCCUUUGUCUGUGAGUACUGCAGAGCUGACAUUGUGACUGUCUCCCGGAGAGGCUGGCCAGCGCUGGUCAGCAGCACAGGCCUGUGUGCACUGCCUGUUUAAAAGGGGGGGAUGAUUUGGGCAGGUGCAGAUCUAAGGGCUGUGGUCAGGGGGAGAGCUUGGUGUUUUUGAAGUGGAAAACCCUCGAGGGUUUGUACAGAUAUCCCACCCUCCCAGAGAAGGCAGGCUCUCUUGGAUUCAUUGUAAAGUGCCUGCUGCAUCAAUAAAGCUCUUGGCUUAUUAGUA